AACUAACGACUAACUCUAAACAGCAUGUUUCAUGUGUCACUGGAUGUGUGUUCACACAUUGGCUCGCUUUCUCAAUCAGGCAUCCUGAUCCCGAGCUGUGAAUUUCCAACAUGUACUCUCAGAGAGGCUAUCAUCAUUGGCACCAUAUUCACAAAGUGCUCAAUCCCUGUAGUGCAUUCCGGUGCUGCCAUGCUCAAACUGGAGUACAAUGGAUCAUCUUCCUGCGACUCUUACUGGACAAGAAAUACGCCCUGCCCUUCCGUGUUCUGGAUGCCCUGGUCGGGCACUUCCUGUUCUUCUUCAGUGGCACCAAAGUCUGCUCACCAUGGCGCAGCACUACAAGGCCGACCAGGCCUCAGAACAUUAGGAUGCUCUGCUGGAGCGGCUUAAAUUGCAGACACACCCCAGAUUUCUGCAGAGAUCCGUCGGGAGCUGCAGAACUCGGUCCCGUGAUCUGGAAUCCGCCAUGCCUGUCAGUGGCCUUGGACUGACUGUUACUGUAAAAAUAAACAUUUCGACAUGUUUUUUUAAAAUAAAUUGUUUGGCUUUUUACAAAGUAAAAUGUCUUAAAUUGUAUUGCUACCAUCCACAAAAAAGGCCAGAAUCCCCCCCCCCUCCUCCUCCUCUUGACUGGUACCCUGGCCUGGCCUACCAGAUGACUCCAAGGUGUGACAGCUCGAGCUGCGUUUGAAAUUCCCAUGGUGCUAGGGGGCGCGAGGGCAUAGCGUUUUGCAUCUAGCUAGAACUCGUAGCUUCCUCUCGCUUCUACACGUUAGAUUUCACAUAUAUAACAUUAGCGAAUUAAAGUCAUGUGAAUGAGAGGAAAGGAACCCGACCUACUAUUUGACGACAAAUGACAUUCUGAAUUUUCAGAAAAUCCAGAACAUUUCUGCUCUGUUAGCUAGCUAUAGUAGCUGAGGCAGAGGUAGAAAACUUCGCUAACGCCAAUUAACGUAUUGUGUUUGUUAGCUAAGCUAGCUAACUGAGAGAGACACUACUAAAAGUUGUCUAAACAACCCUCUAAUGGAGUUGUUGUGUCACGAGGAUGGACGAUUCCAAGUAGCCUCAGAAAGCACAACCGAAUAUAUGAAUUCCGCUGCUCUUCGGGCCAGCUCUGACCCGACCCUGACACGGGACCGUCGAGCAUUGCAGAACCUUCUGUCACUGGAAAAGACCAGUCGGGCCUCACCAUCAUACUUCGGCACGAUUCAGACAGACAUUCAGCCAUAUAUGCGGAGAAUAUUGGCAGUAUGGAUGCUACAGGUUUGCGAGGAGCAGAAGUGUGAGGAAGAGGUGUUUCCUUUGGCCAUCCACUAUCUGGACCGUUACAUGAGUUGCUUCCCUGUUCAAAGGUCCAACCUGCAGCUUUUAGGUGCUGUUUGCAUGUUCCUGGCCUCAAAACUGCGUGAGACAGUACCCCUGAGUGCCAGCAAGCUCUGCAUCUACACUGACAAUGCCAUUACAGUGUCAGAGCUCCUGCAAUGGGAACUUGUGGUGGUGGCAGGGUUAGAGUGGGACCUGGCUUCUGUGUUACCCUCUGACUUCCUGGAGCAAAUUCUUCAUGGCAUACCUAUAAUCCCUCACAACCUCCAUGCCUUGCGCAGGCAUGUCCACUCCUACAUUGCACUGGCAGCCACAGAGUUUAAGUUCUCUGUGUUCCUGCCUUCCACUAUUGCCUGUGCCAGUGUGGGCACUGCCAUUCGCAGACUGAAGCUCCUGGAAGGAGCUCUAUCCAAUGAUUCACUUAUGCAGUUGCUAGCUAACAUCUUGGCCAUUGAUCUGGAAUCUCUCUGCUGCUGCUCUGACCAGUUGGAGGGUGUGCUGGAGCUCAGCCUUCCCCCCUGCCCCCAGACACCAGGGGCUUGCCGUUCAGGGACACCUGGCCCAGAGGUCAGCUACACCCCCACUGACAUCCAGGACGUACACCUGUCACCACUGGGCUAGAGAUGACACCAAGCAGACAAUCACUUAACAAUGACUGGAGCUUAUUUAUACCAUAAUGAGGCAGGUGUCUUAACUACCCCGUAAGACUAUUUUUGGCAGUCACUAAAACAAAUGUAUGUGGUGAGAAAAAACAUGUCUUUUAAGCAUUACUGUGUUCACACAUGAUGAAUUGUGGAGAUCUUUUUGAUGUCCAAAGUUUUUUUUCUGUUUACAUUACAUUUCAGUGUAUUUGAGUUCUUUUGUCGUUGCUAUGCUGUUGCUGCUAAGGUUUUUUUAAGGACGUUUUAAAACUUAAGUUACUGUCGCUAGCUUCAGGGAACACAGUUUCUCACUGCUCUCUGAAGUUACCACAGAGGGGUAUCUUUUUAACUUAAAACAUGCUAUUUGUGAUAUUGCCAGAAGUAUUACUGAAUUUCCAUUUCAAUGUUUGCACUGUGUGAGUUUGCGGAGUGGUGUUCUCUGUGAAUACAUUAUGAAUUAUUAUUUAAAAAAUGCUGCUUUUCAUGGAGUUGUAUUAAGUACCCCUUCUG